CUGUACGUUUUUUUCACAUCCAGGUUUUAGUAAUAAAUUAUUCGAUAUUUUACCACCAUGCCUAUUCCAAAUCUUAGCGAUAUGAAUCCGACGUCAUGGAGCUGGGUGUCAAUGAAGCAACAUGCAAGGAGUUUUGGAAGCAGACUAACACGAACGAGGCCGAUAGAAGCAAUGAGAGAUGACAGAAGAAAAUCAAUUGCAGUAACAAAAUUACCGCGAUGUUUGACGACUUUGGAUUUGACGUCACUCGGUGUAGGAAGUUGUGUUGGUACCGGAAUGUACGUUGUAUCUGGACUGGUAGCUAAAGAACUUGCUGGUCCAGCAGUUGUACUUUCGUUUAUUAUUGCUGGCGUGGCAUCAUUACUGUCAGGCAUGUGCUAUGCUGAAUUUGGCGUGCGUGUACCAAAGACGUCAGGAUCAGCAUAUACGUACAGUUACGUCACCGUAGGAGAAUUCACAGCAUUUUUCAUCGGAUGGAAUUUGAUUUUGGAAUAUUUGAUUGGAACAGCGUCCGGAGCUAGUGCACUAAGCAGUAUGAUGGAUUCUCUGUCAAAUAGAACAAUAGGAAAAUGGAUGGUCCAGCAUUUGGGAAAUCUUCCAAGUAUAGGAGGACAUCCGGAUCCAUACUCGUUUCCGGAUAUCAUAGCUUUUCUAAUAGUUUUGGCAAUGACAGUGAUCGUUGCAGCUGGUGUUCGAAACUCGGUCUUAUUCAACAACGCAUUGAAUGCUGUUAAUCUUAUUAUUUGGAUAUUUCUCGUCGUUUGUGGACUAUGUUUUAUGGAUUUCUCGAACUGGGCAGAUGGAAACUUUUUGCCAUUUGGAUGGAAUGGGGUGCUCAGUGGAGCAGCAACGUGCUUUUAUGCUUAUAUUGGCUUCGACAUUAUCGCAACGACCGGAGAAGAAUGUCAAAGACCACACAAGUCGAUUCCUUAUGCAAUUUUGUCGUCCUUGUGUGUGUGUUUGACCGCAUACGUCACAGUGAGUGGAUUACUGACAUUGGUUGUUCCAUAUUAUCUAAUCAACUCGGAAUCUCCUCUUCUUGAGAUGUUCCACCACACAAGCUUUCCUCAAGCACAAUACAUCAUUACUAUUGGUGCAGUUACAAGCUUGACAGUCAGUUUGCUUGGAUCCCUAUUCCCUAUGCCUAGAGUCAUAUAUGCCAUGGCAAGCGAUGGACUUUUAUUCAGAUGUUUAGCACAUGUUUUCCCUUACACGGAAACUCCAGCAGUUGCGACAGUUGUAGCAGGAGUUAUUGCCGCGAUUUUAGCUUUGGCCAUAAGUUUGAGAGAUCUUAUCGAAAUGAUGUCAAUUGGCACUCUACUUGCCUACACACUGGUAUCCCUAUCUGUUCUUCUUUUACGAUACCAACAUGACGUCACAGUUGAAAGUGGAUCUGUUCAUUUUCGACAUGUUGGAGGAGAAACUCAGUCCAUGUCUGAACCAGAAGAAGAAAUCAGGCCAGAAGACUGUGAAACAAUGGAAACAGAAGAAAUGGCAAUAGGAUGUGAUUCUGAUGCAACAGGACUCGUACAAAAUAACUCAACCAAGCAAAAAAAAAGUACUUACGGAGCGAUAAAGGGUAACAGCAGCCAAGCAGAUGCGGAGAGAGAACUUUUGGAGGUCGACAAAGAAAAUAUUUGCAGUGAAUUCUGGUCACCGGUGAAGGGAGCUAUAUCGUACAGAUGGGCAAUUUUUACAGACUAUAUUGCCCCGUGGACCUACGCUGUGCGAACCUUUUUGGGAUUACCGUCAAGCGAACAAAUUCCUACUGCAGAAACGCAUAAGUUGGCGGAUAGAUAUAUCCUUCUUUUAUCGGCAUACUCCGUCAUUCUGAAUAUUUUUUUAGUAUUUAGAUCACAUCACAUUUCAACUGGAGCUUGGUGGGCGGUAAUACUACUUAUGAUCAUGCUGGUUAUAUUUGCGUUCCUUCUGCUCAAAAUUUGUCAACAACCUCAAAAUCCUAAGAAAUUGGCAUACAUGACUCCUGCGGUCCCAUUUUUGCCAGUUACCGCUAUUUGGUUCAACACUUAUCUUAUGCUUCGACUUUCACCACUAACAUGGGUCAGAUUUGUGAUUUGGUGCAUUAUAGGUUUGUUCAUGUAUUUUGGAUAUGGAGUAUGGAACAGUGGACUUGAAACGCCACAAGGGUCGUCACAAGAAACCUACGAAGGAGGCUUAGACCUUGAAUAUAAUGGGAUUGAUAAUCAGUCGGUCGGAUAUCAAGCACGAGACCAAAAUCUACACGGAGUUACAGUUCAUCAACAUCUCGCAAAAGCAGAAGCAGUCAUUAGAAAACAACAAGAUGGAGAGCAAUUAAUGGAAGAUUACGACGGUGCCGAUGGAGAAUAACGGCAUCAUAAUCAAGUGACGUCAUGGUGACAAAUUAUGCCAAGAUCAAAUAAUAUAAUAUAUAUCACAGUGUAUGCCAUACUUUGUAACACUUAACAAAAAUAUUCAAAUAAAUGGCGUGCUGCUGUACUUAGGCAUGCUAACCACGAAUACUACGCAUUACAAAUAUAUCUACCAUGUUAACAGAAAUUUGUGUGCAGAAAACUCAUCCCAGCUAAUGUCAUGUUUUCACUUUGCUCAGUAAAUAAAUAAUUGAUUAAAUAAAAUCUGUGAGCUAUACCUUCGAUAUGAGAGUUGACGCAUUGAAGUUCAAAAAGUUAUUUUUAUUAUUUUUGUUUAAUAUUUUUAUUUCCAAAACUACUUAUCUUAAUAUCACUGUCUGUUUUUGUGUAUUAUAUAUAGGUGAAAACUGUUUCAUUUUUAAAAAUAUUUCAAUACCUACUUGACAUUAAUCAUGAAUCGUGUAGUAUCAGGUUUCAUUAUACUCACAAAUAUUCUAACUUUAAAGUUUAGAUUUCAAUUUCAAGUUUGUGCUAAUGCUGGAUAUACCAUUGAAAAUUUGCACCCCAAUUUUUUUUAAAUACUGUAUCAAUCCCUGUACUAUCCUUCUCCGGUGGAUACUUGCAUUUCUUUUAUUUGUUAACACAAAAAAAAAUGAAACAUGCAUUUAAGCUGAAUAAAAGAACUUAAAAAAUGUUUUGAAGCUGGAACGACGAAAAAAAAAUGUCCAAACCUCUUCAACAUUCAGCUGUGGUUCUCAAAUACAAUUGAUAUGCGACGGAACUUUCUAAAUUUAUGGGCUUGGCCGUUAGUAAUCAUUACAUAUUUUAUGAUUCAAAAAAUAGACUAUUGGUGAUAAAAUGGGCCAGGGAAUCGAUCCAACGCGGAUUGAAUUAUUUUUAGUGAUUUUUAUUUAUUAGGUGAAGUAUUUUGUGUGUUGAUUUAUCUUGUGAAAUCAUAAAUAUAUUUAACACGCAAUAUGAAAAA